AUGUGGCGAAGUGCACAGUACGUCAAACCGGAAGCUCUCAAGUCCAAAGGAGGUGAUGACGACGACGACGACAACUGGGACACUGAUCCAGAUUUUGUGAACGACGUCAGCGAGGCGGACAGCCGCUGGGGCUCCAAGACAGUGUCCGGCUCGGGGCGCUCGGCGGCGGCCAUUGAUCUCGACCAACUCCGCACCGACGUCCACGCCGAGGACAGCGUCGUGAAGGAGAAGACGGCUCACGAGUCGCAGACGGACCUGAAGAAAGGUUUCGGCGGGCAGUUUGGCGUGCAAACGGACCGCCAGGACGCCUCCGCCGUCGGCUUCGACUACCACGAGAAGCUCGCGGCCCACGCCUCGCAGAAGGACCACUCGGCGGGCUUUGGUGGAAAGUUUGGCGUCCAGAAGGACCGAGUUGAUAAGUCGGCGGUCGGUUGGGAACAUCAUGAAAAGGUGGAGAAGCAUGAGUCGCAAAAAGAUCACUCCUUUGGCUUUGGAGGAAAGUUUGGCGUGCAGAAGGACCGCCUGGACAAGUCGGCCGUCGGCUGGGAGCACCACGAGAAGGUGGACAAGCAUGAGUCGCAGAAAGAUCACUCUUUCGGCUUUGGCGGAAAGUUUGGCGUGCAGAAGGAUCGAGUCGAUAAGUCGGCGGUGGGCUGGGAACAUCACGAGAAGGUGGAUAAGCAUGAGUCUCAGAAAGAUCACUCCUUUGGUUUUGGAGGUAAAUUCGGUGUCCAGAAGGAUCGGCUGGACAAGUCGGCUGUCGGCUGGGAGCAUCAUGAGAAGGUAGACAAGCACGAAUCGCAGAAAGACUACUCGGUCGGCUUUGGAGGAAAGUUUGGCGUUCAGAAGGACCGAAUCGAUAAAUCGGCCGUCGGCUGGGAACACCACGAGAAGGUGGACAAGCACGAGUCGCAGAAAGACUACUCAGUCGGCUUUGGCGGGAAGUUUGGCGUUCAGAAGGACCGCCUUGAUAAGUCGGCCGUCGGCUGGGAGCACCACGAGAAGACCACCAGCGAGGAAGAAAAAGAAAAGCCCAAAAUCGAAGCGAAAGGCGGCGACGCCAAGUCACUUCGAGCCCGUUUCGAAAAUCUCGCCAAGGCGGACGAGUCGGAGUCGCGAAAGCGACUUGACGCGGAGCGAGCCAAACGGCUGGAACGGGAGAAGCUGGAGAGUGAGCAGGCGAGGCAGGCCGAGGCUGAUCGGCAGGCAAAGCUAAAGGAGGACUCCUCCUUGGAGAUGGGCCAGAAGGAGGAGGCGGAGGAGAAGAUUGUCCACCGAGGAGGUCGAAGAGAUUCUUCCAGUUCGGAUGAUGAUGAUGAGGCAGAAGAGGUGCCAUCCUCCCCGGUCAAAAGUCCGCACGCCUUUGGGCGAGGCAUUGGCGUCAGCGUCUUUCCGGUGCUAGAACAGCAGCAGAAGAGUAGUGGUCCAGCAGCGAUGGGAGUGAAGGUGGCGGAAGUUCCCGAGGAGGAGGUAACAGCAACAACAGUUCAGCAAACUCCACCGUCACCGCCAUCACCACAACCUGCAGCAGCAUCAGCAGCAGUUUCGGCCCUAGCAACCGCAAUGACAUCAGCAAUUCCCGUGCAAAAAGAAGAGGAGAAGGAAGAAGAGGAGGAGAAUGCUUGGAAGGAUGAGCCGGAGGAGAAGGAAAUCGAAGCACAACAACAGCAACAACAACAAACGCAACAACAACAAACGCAACAAUCACCGACGCCAGAGCUUACCAGCAACUCCACAGCUGAAGUGGAAGUUUCUCCUUCGAGUGAAGGCCAAGGACAGAGCGCCAUUGCCCUGUACGACUACGAGGCGGCCGAGUCGGAUGAGAUCUCCUUCGACCCGGACGACAUUAUCACCGAGAUUGAACAGGUGGACA